CCACGUACCCACCAUCCUUGCUACACUGAUCAACAUGUCUUCGAAGGGACUCGUUUUUGUCACAGGAGUUUCUGGGUUUGUCGGUGCCCAUGUCGUCCAUGAAUUGCUCCAAGCCGGUUACCCAGUGCGAGCAUCUGCCCGGCCGAAGAAGGUCGACUACGUGAAGAAGGGUUGGGCGAGCUACGGAGACAAGCUGGAGGUCGUGCCCAUCGAGGACAUCGUUAAUGGCGACUUUAGCGAAGCUUUGAAGGGCGUCACCGCAAUUGUUCACGUCGCGGCCCCCUUGGCUUUGGCCGGCGAUGCCAAACAUGUGAUUGGCGGAGCAGUCGAUGGGACCGUCAAUGUCAUUCGACAGGGAUACACCGCGGGCGUGCGCAAAUUCGUGCUGACCAGCACCAUCUUGACCGCCUUGAACGCCAAAAAUCUCGGCAACCUCAGCGCGCUUACCAACGAGGACUGGAACCCCUCGACUGUAGAGCAGGCCCUCGAUGGCACCCGCGAUCCCGGAUUCAUCUAUUCUGCGGCAAAGACCGCCGCCGAGCGCGAAGUCUGGAAGUUCGCCGAUGAGCACCCUGAUGUCGACGUCACGACCUUGAACCCACCCCUUCUGUACGGGCCAUUCGCCCCGAGCUUCAGUGCCCCAGAACCCGACCGCGGCGCGCUCAGCACUAAUGCUUACAUCUACGGGCUUCUCAGCCCCACUGGAGCUUACCCUCGCCUGCCAGGAUAUGCUGAUGUGCGGGACGUCGCGCGCGCGCACGUGAAGGCUCUCUCCGCCGGCCCUUCCAGCAGCCGCAAGCGCAUCCUGAUCAGUGGGGAGUGGUUCAACUGGGGAGAAGCUGUCAAAUACCUCCUCGAGGUUCAUCCGGAGUUAAAGGGUCGCAUAGUUGACCCCGAGAACGCCCCCAAGGCAGUCACUGGAUGGAUCGUGGACCUCACCCAGUCGGAGCAAGUGCUCGGGCUUGGAAAGGAGCAGCUCACGCCAUGGAAGAAGACGGUGCUGGACGCUGUUGAUGCCCUCCUGAAGCUUGAGAAGGAGUGGGCUGCCAAGGGACUGAAGUUGUAGAGAAUUUGCUGAACCGUAGACUUGUACCGCUGUAUUAUUAACGACUUCGUAUCACACUGCAUGACGCCUUCUUGCUUUCUUGCGAGUAUGUGCGUCGACAUCAUGGUAUAAAAGAACUCUGCUCAUUCU